UGAUGAAGCCACAUCCCUGUCAAAAUUUUAGUAAGGCUGCCAACAGUCAACGACUACCAAUUGAACCUGCCUAUCAUACAACAUACCUUUCAUUGCUAUCUGUUGCAUUAGCAAACUCAGUGUACAGUCUACAGUAUUCUGGCGCUGUGGUCGUCAUGUUGUGCUGAGACCCAAAAGAACUUACUAACGUGUGAAUGGUCGGCAUGGAAGAACUACUGGCCAAGCAGCGGAAAGAAAAGCGUGAUCUACAGGGUCGAAUCAGGCAGAAGAAGAAGAAUGCCACCAAAAAGACGAGAAAAGGUGUCAACGAUGAAUGUGAGAUUCUAGAAAGAGAACUAGCAGAAAAGCAUCAAGCCGAAACCGCGGUACUAGACGGAGAAAGCCCAAAUCAAAUUGAGUCCGGUGUAGAUGGCCUGACCCUCGAGGAGCCUGUUGACGGAGGUGAUCACGAAACAACGACCGGAGCCAACCAGACGAAGGCAGAGGAGUCCGAUGCACAAUCACUUGCUGAUCAGCCACAAUCAAAGAAACCAAACCGACAAAAAGCAAGAUUGGCUCGAAGAGCCGCCGAACAAGAAGCUCAAGCAGCUGCUGCGGCAUUGGAGGCCGAAAAUCUACCUGAUCGUCGAGAGCAAGAAGUGUCUGCAAUGAAACAGCAGAUGGAGAGUCGAGGUUUGACGGAGACUAUGAUCCGUCCGGAUGGCCAUUGUCUCUUUUCUGCGUGUGCGCACAGUAUGUCUCCCGACCAAGUCUCGAAAUCCGGACCAAAAAAGGCACCAUAUGAGAAUGUGAGGUUCGCGGCUGCUGAGUUCAUGGCUACUCAUUCAGAUGAUUUCGAAGCUUUCAUGGAGGAGCCCCUCGAUUCCUAUGUCAAGAAAAUCAGAGACACGGCAGAAUGGGGAGGUCAGCUUGAGUUACAGGCAAUUGCACGAUCAUAUCAUAUCGACGUUAACGUGCUCCAAGCUGAUGGAAGGGUGGAAAAGAUCAGCUCCGGAUCAGACAAGACAGGAGAGUCAGAUGAUAUCUGGCUUGCCUAUUAUCGCCACAGUUUCGGCCUGGGAGAGCACUACAAUGCAUUGAAGAAAGUGGACAAGACUUGAAAACAGUACAAGGAUGACCAUGAAGCGAUGGCGAACUUUUUACAACAUAUCAUUCAAGACACCAACUUAACGGUGGCGCCAAACAGAAAUCCAAUCUUGGACUUUACCCUCGGCGUCUUUACCGACCUUGUGUGUGUCAGCGGGCUGCCAGUGACC